AUGAAUAACGACAAUAAUCAACCGCAACCUAACCAAAACAACCCCCCGGGCAUCUCGUUUGCCUUUGACAUCUUCCCUCUGGAGUUUAAUCGCACGUCUCCAGCCCCAGGCUCCGCAGAGUCGCCCAUUGCCCUGAUGAUGCGCAAUUUCGUGGAGAUCCUCAACCGGCCUUCCAAACACAAGCAUGCCACCAAGGACGCCAUUGACUCUUUGAAGCCAAUUCCGCUCGCAGAACUUCCAGAAUCCGAAAAACAAUGUCCGAUCUGCUUCGAACCGUUCGAAGAGUACUCAGAGAAACGUGAGUCUAACACAGAACAAAAGAAAGCCGUCGAUUUGCCAUCCUUCUUCGACGGCUACGACGCCUCCGACCCCGACCUCACAUUUCCAACAGAUCAAACAGCCACGCACGAAGUGGCGUACAAUCCCGGAGAAGAGAUUCCUACACAGCCGGCUGAGAAACCCGAGGACAAAUCAGAAGAUGCACAUUAUCCGGUGAAACUGGAUCAAUGUGGCCACAUAUUUGGCAAAGCGUGCGUGGCCGAGUGGCUGAAGAGCAACGUGUCGUGCCCGCUCUGUCGUCGCGAGAUUGCGCCGGAGAUGACCGAAUCGCCAAGCACCAGCUUCAACCUGGCCCGCUCAGAAUGGGCUAUGCUUUAAGUGACCCACCAAUCAACUUCCCUGCGCAGGGAGAGGGCUUUUCUAUGGGCAGACGCACGGGGCCCGAGGCGCCUGCUCCCGAGCCCCAGGAAAGAGCACAAACACCAGAUAGAACAGGGUCCGGAGGGCCCACGCGCAACAACGCCUCGCGAACGGUAAGAUCGCAUCCUUACACGCGUCCCUCGAGCAACUCGUCAGAAAGCGAGGGCUAAUUGGAUUAUUUCUAUGAUAUAUUAUUUAUUCAUCAUCAUCUGCAGCUGUUCCAAAGUCUCUCUGUCCACCGACGAGAUAAGUUGCUGAUAUCCGUCAAUACCCGCCAGUUGAUCCAUCUGGUACUUGAGAAGCUGUUUGCUGCUGACUCUGUGCACGGGGUCCAGCUUGAACACCAGCUCGUUGAAGCGUAGCUGCUCUGCCGAGGGAGGCAGCUUGAACUCCUGCGCAUACUCGUUUUCGUCUGGCUGGUCUUCUAUCAACGUGAGAUCGUCGUCGUCGUACGACGAUGGCCUGUGGUACGCCUCGCAGUCGCCGUCCGCGUUCUCGUUGACCUCUUCGAGCAUAUGUGUGACAAGAAACAUGACUCUGUUGAAAUUUUUCGAUAGCACCAAAUUUAUGCCCGUUUGGCUCUCGGAAUUGAGCAGCUGGUACUCCAGGUCAACACUGGGAUCCUGAGCGCAGUACUGUGUGAAUAUAGGCGGCGCAUAGAGCGCCAGCAGCGCCAGCACGAAGAUUUUCCUGAUUUUCUCGUCGUACACCAGCUUGAGCAGGUUGACAACCGAGUCGACCAGCUGCGCGAGCUGGACGGCAAGGCUGGAGUCUGAAACGGUGCCGAGCAUGCCGAGAAGGUGGACGGGGCCUGCGUGGAGCAGACGCAGCAGGGGCAGCGCCAUUUUUAUCUCGCAGUUGGGUGUUUGCGACUCUCUGGUCAGAUAUUUCACCAUCUCGAAAAACAGUCCGCUUUCCGCCAAGUUCGCCACCAAUUGCGACCGGCUCGGGUCCGGGACCUGCAGAAACAGCGUCUCCAACAGCGACGACGUAACGUACACGGCGUCGUCGCGCAUCGAAUUGAGGUAGCCGCCCAGGAUCUUGAAGAUCUCGAGCCCGGUCUCUGUCUCAUAUAGCUGAUAAUUCAAGAUACCGUACGAGCGCGCAAGCUUGAGCACCGUAGGCAGGAUUUCUGUCCAGUUCAUGAGCGCCUUGACGCUCAGCGGGAACAGUCUUAGCAGCUCCACGGGAGCCGGCUCCGCCGUCGGCAGGUGUUUAACCACCGCCUCCCACAGCUCGAGGCCGUCCUCACACAGUAGCGUAUACAUGUCGGACUUGUCGUCGCAGCACAGCGCUAUCAGCGGCAGCACGAUAGGAUGCGCCUUACUGCUGUUGCUGUUGAGCGCGCCGGUCAGGUCGCGGAGCAACCGCAUCAGUGAGUUCUUGAUAAUCAUCUCAUUCGCGUUGUUCGACUCAUCCCACAUGGCCGGAACUAUCGCCAUGACGUCGAGCAGCUCUUUUUCCGGCACGAGCGGAUUGGUGCGCUCCAGAAUGAGCGACAGAACCUUGAGCACGAAAAUCUUGGAUUCUGUGAACUCGAGAUUCCGGAGCAGCUCGAGCACCAGGGCCACGGUUUCCGACACAAACGGCUGGAAGUCGCGCUUGCGGAAUUCCCAGUCGUCCACGAGAUGCUGCAGUGUCUGCACGGCCGUCAGACGGACCACCUUGUCGUUGAUGUCUGUGUUCUGCAAAAACCGCAGCACCAGCCGGUAAACCUCGAGCCUGGUCUCUUUGGAGCACUGAAUCGACAGCCACUCGCUCACAAUUAGACACACGCGCCGCUUGACCAGCUUGUUCUCAACGGGAGCGUCUUUCAGCGCCUCGGGCAGGAAAUAGCUGCGGAAAAGCUGGUCGAAGUUGCAGUUUUCGCUGAUCGCGCUUGCGCUCAGCUGGAACACCGCCAGCACCGCGUCUUUGGUCAAAAUGUCCACAGAGCUGUCUGCAAGCGUGCUCUCGAUUUUCCGCAGGAUAAACUCGCUCAGCUGCGGCUUGAAGCACACAGCCAGGUCCUGGAAGUAAUUUUCCGCACACGGCCUGAUCUGGUACUCCCAGCUGACCUGCAGCUCCUCAUUGACCCACUCCUCGGGCUCCAGCGUCCACGAAACCACGUCUGCCGGCCGCAGUUUCAGAUACCACGUGAUCAGCAGGUCGACAAGGCUCUGCACGAGCUGCGGCGGGAAAAACCGUUCUGUUGCGGCUUUGGCUGCCGCAGCCACCUCCUGCUGGUCGUUUCGCUGCUUGAGCAUCACAGCGCCUUUCUUAAAUCCAAAAGCCGUCAGUCUCUUCAGCACAAGGAUCAUCUUAAUGGCCAGUUGCUCCCAAAAUUCAUUCUCCUCGCUGUUGUAUAUAUCGCUGGCCUUCGACUCCAGCAGCGAUAGCAUCGUCAUGAAUAUCUCGUACGAGUUCGGCAUCAGGACAAACGCAACAACGUUGUCGCUCACCAAGUUUGCGUAGAGCUUGACAUACGCCUUGAUAUAUCUUUCUAGCAACGGCAGCUGCGAGCUCUCGUGGAGCAGCAGUAGUUUCUGCAAAUGCUGCAAUGACACCUCGUAAAACUCAACCACAAGACUGUCCCGGUGAGGGUACUCGUAUCCGUCUACCACGGCCCGCCGCAGGUUCUUGAGACAC